AUGGAGCCUUGGAAGCGUAAACGGCCCGAGACCCGACCUGCUGCUAUUGUUGUCACAGAUGUGAGAUCAACACGCGAACAAAUAAUAACAGCCGCAUCAGUUACCCCGGAAUCCGCAACAACCCCAAUAACUCCAAACCUGAACUCACGACACGAAGAUCCCGCGACGACCUUAUCGAGAAAUCGAGUAUACAUGGACGGAGACAGGCUGGGCGUGGACGGUACAUGGCACGGCAGCAGGAGAGGCUCGCAGAACAGCCAGAUCACAGCAGCCACCUCGCCGAGUAGUGCUGCCGACAGCUUCAUCUUUGAAUCGAAUCCAGACUAUAUCAGUAUCAAAGGGGAUAGAAAUGAUCUGGCGUAUUAUACAGAUGCCUCCAGUCCUGCGUAUCCUCAGGAACAUAUAUUCUGUGUCAGCGAUGCACCCCCACCGCAAGAUUAUAUGGCUGAGGUGCUGGCUCAUGAUGGAGUCCAGAUAGGUCGAGGAGACGAGAGAGCCGGUAGAAUAGGCACGCACAUGGUUGAUCAUCUAGUGGGCGGCUCUUUAACCUCGGGAGAGAUACCAAGCAUUCGCGUAGCGGUACCUGAACAACCUCAGGGAUAUCCCGACUAUGGUAGCAUCCAUCAGACAAUCCCCUUGAUGGUAAAUAUCAACCCUCUGGAUAAAUGCUAUAUAAAACUUCAUAAGCUAACAUGGGCUCAGAAGCGUGAACCUAUGUCAGACCCGGCGAAGUAUCUAGAUCACGCUGGAGAUGGCCUGCUAAGCAACAACUUUUCUCCUAAUCUACCCAAUGCCCCUAAUGCGCCUUACACAGGAUUGAUGGUCAACCAGGCAAUGAACAAUGAGAAACGGCCCCCAAAUGGACAAGGAGGGGUUCAGCUGAACGGGGAAGUGUUGUUACCAACGGCACCUCGGUUGCUCUCAAAUAGGGUUGGGUCGCAGCCUAAAGAAAUACAUAAAAAGGACGUGCCCACCGUGCACAUGUCAGCGAGUUCUUCUGUCCUAACGGAAGGCGGCCAAAACUACCAACACACGCAAGGCGACAAGGACGCAUCUGCCCGCAAAAUGAAGCCCCCGCCACUGGAGGGAUUGAAACGAGAAGCCACGGAUCGAUCUGACUUCCAGACGCCGAAGCGGAUACGAGCCGGAGGGGGUCUGGAUGAGACAAGCGAAGUGAUAGACGACAGCGACUCGAACUCUCCCACUUGGGCAUGCCCGUUCUUCAGACAUGACCCUCUUGGCAAUAUGAACUGUCUGAAGCUCAAGCUCAAACGGAUCAGGGAUGUCAAACAGCACAUCCAAAGACGUCAUAAUAACUCCGGCAACUAUUGUCAUAAAUGCUGGGAAAGUUUUCCUAGCCGCAAGAAAAGAGAAGAGCACCUUAGCUCAGAUAACUGCGAGCCCAUCGACCAAUCCCUGUCGGUGAAGAAGGGCGGUAUAUCUGCGGAGGCGCAGGAGAAGCUGAAGCACCGCGCCCAGAGGAGUAAAUCGGGUGACGAGCAGUGGCACGAUGUGUACGACAUUGUUUUCAAAGGCCAGCAGGGGCCCGAUAGAAGUAGUCUUGAGCCGCAACUCGGCACUUUAAUCAUGGAAACCACGCGGUUGAUGCAGAGUUUCUGGAGGGACGAGAGUGAGGACUGGUUUCCGGGAUACCUAAGCAGACAACCGCUCGCGCAGGGUAUGAACCAAGAUGCGCUCCAUGGCCUAGUAGUUAAUGUUAUGGAAGAGAUACACGUGCGGUUCGAGGAGAGGAUUCGAGGUAGCAGCCCCCCCAGCAGGUGGGAUAACGUCGCCGUCCCUGCUCUUGAGGCGCCGCCUCCUGCUAUGGUAUCGCCAACUACUGCAUUUGCGACCACGGCUAGCUCUCAGGAUCUUUGGUAA